AUGAGAUGCCGUUUCACGGCUGUUGGUGUAAAACUCGAAGGCGACGAAAGUGUUCGAAACCUGUUGAAGAUAAGCUGUGCUUCGUUUGUUUACUCGGUGGCUUUUACGGAUUACACGUCAUUGUACGUGUUUGAGGUCUGUCUCAGAAAUAACGACCAGACGUCGAUGCCUUCCAACGUGUGUUCAUCACUGUCAACACAGAUGCGCAAGUCAUUGGUGACAGUUUCGCCAACCGGAAACAAGAGCUCUGCCGUCCACGCCCCUCCCGGUCAGCCAGUAACGGUGUCCGAAGUUGGCUCUCGGUCGGUUGGCGAUCGUCUCUUUGAAGUCUGUCGCGAAUAUGUCUUGGCGUCGUUUUAUGUUCUGAUCUUUACGCUUUGCGUUGAGCGCGUUUCUUGUUCGACAUUGAUUCUCCCGGUGUUCGCUUUAGUUAUCGAACUUAGAAGCUGCUUUGGGACUGGUGAGCGUUUUCGAUUCAGAUGCUACGUUGAGAUGGCAAGACUAAAUAGUGGAAUUCGUGCCGGCAGCAAAUUCCAGUUUCCUGAGUCCGCGAAUUCGCCAAGGGACCCUGGAGCAGAGUUUCGACGAGAGAUCAGGAAUCUGCAGAAACAUGAUGGGUUUUUGGAAAAACUGAAUCGUUUCUUCGAAGGCGAAAUAUCGGAGUCGAAAGAACGUCUGAACACGGUGUUCGCGGAACUGAGGCAGCAGUUGGACGAACGGGAGAAGACUCUAAGGAACGCACUGGAAAAAUGCCACCAUGAUGGCAAUGCGUUUCUGCAGCAGCGACUACGAGUGUCACGCGAAUUUCAGAAGAACGCCGACGCACUCUCGGUUCGCGAUAUGAACGAGAUGUGUAGAAAUAUUAGACACUUCUUGACCGAACAGCAGUUGGAGUCGCAGCUUCGCACGGCGACGCGACUCGACUGCGACCCGAAGCCUCUUCUCGAUUCGAUCGCCUGUUUCGGGACAGUCACAGGUGCGCUUCAAGUUUUGGAGCCUAAGCAAGGAGCAAAGGUGGACGAUCUGGUGGCAACCGGAGCUGCGUACGAGAACGGAAUGACGACAGAGACGGACGCUACAGCAGCUGAAAACGUGGCAGCCCCUACGAAGACGAUUAAUCAAGUUGAAAUCGGUGGUAUCACUAUGCAGUCAGAUAGUCUAAACGCGGAACAGUUGAGCAGUUUGACACGACAGAUUCAGGAGGCUUUAAAACUUAAGGUAAAGUCGCUUCGAAUAUGGUUUGCAUCGUGUUGCUUUCACUGUCUUGCCAUCUUCAGGGUAUCACGGAAGAUAUUUUACCCGACGUGUCUGGUGCAUCCGGAUUGCUCUCCGCCCGUCGACGCUCACCGAUGUCCGGUGGACCAAACCGUGCUCGCGUCGGACGAGGUGCUGGUCGAGGGUAUACACGAGGCAGUCCAUCGAAGUUCAAUUAGGUUGUACGCUUUCAGCCGUGCGUUGAAGAUACCACCGUUUCCGUGA